GUUCAAGAAUGGCUUGCAGAGUUGGCAAUGUCCUUCUUCUCCCUUACCUCACCGAUCCGUACACUUAACCUGCUUUCUCACUCUUCGUCGCUUCUCUUUGGCAGUUAAGCUGCUCCAAUCCACACACCACCCACCUAAUUUCUCUCUCAAAAAAUAAAAAUAAAAAAACCAUUUUUUUCUUGGUUUUGAUUUCUCUCUCUUAAUUCGUUCAUUUAAUGCUUCCCGUUCCACACACACAUUCAUUGGUUUCAUAAGCGGAGGAGUUAUUUGCUGGAAGGGGGUAAAUAGAAGAGGCAAAAAGAAGUUUUUUUUGGGUUUUCACUGUCUGAGAAGAAGAUGCCUCUGGUGAGGUUGCAGAUGAGGAAUGAGUUUGGUUUGGGGCAGCCUGAGUUGUACAGAGAGACAAACAGGGAGGACCCUAAAGCUGUGUUAGAUGGUGUAGCUGUGGCUGGUCUUGUUGGGAUCUUAAGGCAACUUGGUGAUCUUGCUGAUUUUGCAGCAGAUGUUUUUCAUGGUCUGCAGGAGCAAGUAAUGACAACAGCUUCCAGGAGUCAUAGAUUGAUGGUUCGCGUUCAAAACAUUGAAGCUGCACUACCUGCCUUGGAGAAGGCUGUAUUGGCACAAACAAGCCACAUACAUUUAGCUUACACAGCUGGUUGUGAAUGGCAUCCACGCAUAAAACCUGCUCGGAAUCAUUUCAUUUACAAUGACUUGCCUCACUUUAUUAUGGAUUCAUAUGAAGAAUGUCGUGACCCUCCUCGCGUGCACUUGCUUGAUAAAUUUGAUACUGGUGGCCCAGGAUCUUGUUACAGGAGAUAUUCAGAUCCAACCUUCUUUAAAAGAUCAUCUGCAGAUUUGGACGAAUCUUACUCUGAGAAGACCGAAAAAGCAAGAAAAUCCCGUAAAAGCAAGAAGAAACGGUCAUCUAGAAGGAAUGGAGAAAGUUUGAGGGGUGAACAGAUGCAUAGCAGUAGUGGCAGAAUGCAAUCUAUUUCUUCCACUAUCAAUGGGCGGACUUCUUCUUCGCGAACUGCCUCCACCAUAGAUAUGACAUUGAAAUCAGAUCGGGAACAUUAUUCAAAUUCUUUUGAUUCAAAAUCUGGUGCUGGCUACAUUGAAUGUAUUUUCCAUCCAAGUAAUUCUAUGCAAUCUGAUGAGCCAGAUUAUAAGGAACCAUCCUCUCCAAGGUUGACACAGAAAACUGAUACUCUGCCAUCGGUGUCUCCUCUUAUAGAUGAUAGUAUUUCACACAAUUCGUUGGAAAAGAAAGUCGCCUCUAGUUCAUCUGGUGUUACUUGGGAUGAAAAGGAAGAGAUAGUGGAAUCUAAGAGUCAAAUCUGUGAUAGAGAUAAAGCUCCAGAGAGGCUUGUGGAAAAGCAUGACUCAAAUAUGCAUGCGAAUGAGGCUGUUACCUUAACAAACAUUGACUACAAUCAUAUCCUAUUUAAAGAAGAAAGCAACCUGAAACCAGUCUCCAACAGGGUUCAAAUUGAUGAUAUUGAUAGUGAACCUGAUAAUUACGAGGAUGCUCUCAACACCAUUGAAUCAGAAUCUGAAAAUGAUAUUGAUUAUAUAACAAAACGAGAGGUGCAGCAGUUCAGUUCACGUGUCACUCAUGGAAUGAUUGAAAAUGGAGUUACUGAAGCUCCUCCUAAUUUAUUGAACAAUACUUUAUCAGAUGUCGUUUCCCAGAAAGAAUAUACUGUUCCCUCAAAUAAAGAAACAGCCAAGGAUUUAGCUGACUCACUGGAAGAAAAUCAUGUUCUUGAUCUUGUAUCAAAGCCAGAUACAUCUAACUUGGGUUCUGCAAGUCCUUCAGAUGUUCUUGAGAGUGAAAUUUUGACGAGAGACAUUGCUUCCUCAAACAAAGAAACAUUCAGGGAUUUGCCUGACUCGCCACAAGAUAUUCCUCCUCUCACAUCAGAGCCACAUGCAUCUAAUUUGGUACCAGUUAGUCCAUCAGAUGUUCCUUAUGAUGAAGAAAUGACCAGAGACACUGUUUGCUUUCAUGAAGAAGCGUUCAGGAAUUUUCCUGACUCGUUGCAAGAAAUUCGUUCUCUCACAUUAGAGCCACAUGCAUCUAAUUUGGGACCUGAGAGUCCGUCAAAUGUUCCUUGUAGGGAAGAACUGACCAGAGACACCGAUUCCUUAAACAAAGAAAUGUUCAGUAAUUUGCCCAGCACAUUGCAAGAAAUUCCUCCACUCACAUCAGAGCCACACACUUCUAAUUUGGGACCUGAGAAUCCAUCAGAUGUUCCUUGCAGUGAAGAAAUGACCAGAGACACAGUUUCCUUAAACAAAGAAAUGUUCAGUAAUUUGCCCGACUCAUUGCAAGAAAUUCCUCCUCUCACAUCAGAGCCACUUGCAUCUAAUUUGGCAUCUGUGAGUCCUUCAGAUGUUUCUGUAAGCAAAGAAAUAGCCAAGAACAUAGCUGAAUCUCAUCCCUCCAAGACUCCUACCUGUAAACAGGUUCCUCACUCACAUGGAAAUUCUGUUUUGGAUCACUCAGUAUGCACUGAUACCUUCAUUGGUUCUUCUGCUGUUACUGAUACACUAUCAGCACCAAUUGAGACUGAUGUAUCAUUUUCUGGUUCCAAAAGCACUAAUUUACCAAAUGAAGAAGCCGGUAAGAUCAACAGAUAUGAUGAAACUCGUAGGGAGUCUUUGGCUGAUCACCCAGUUAGGUUCUGGACUAAUGGUGGAUUAUUAGGACUCGAGCCAUCAAAACCUCCUGACUUUAGCAAGUCAACUUCUUUAAGUCAAGGGUCUAUGAGCACAAAAAGUGAAAUAGAUGACGGUUCACAUCACAAUUCAUUGCAAAAGAACAAUGGUUAUAAAGAGGAACGGGAAUCAUCAGAAGCUGUUGAAGAACAGAUUCUAAAGGAACCUAGUUCUAAAUUCUUAACAUCAGGCCACAAUGAUGACCAAGCUUGUAUCUCGGAAAAGACCACUGGCAGUUCUCAGCUGAGUAAUGGAUUUGGUCAAACUGAGAGGAGCAGUUUAGGGGAUAUCAGGGUAACUGCACCUGGAAGUGUUCUCCCAGCGGCCCCUGACAAGAAGGACAAUACUGAAUCCAACCAGGGAGAUGGUGAAAAUGCAUCCCGUGUGUUCGGACUUAGUCGUAGAUUAUUAAUAAAUAGCUUUCAGCGCAAAGUUUCUUUUGAUGAAAAAUCUGGACAUUAUAAUUCUCUGAAAUCUGUUAUAUUGGAGCAGAGUGAACAGAAUAGCACUGUAGGACAGUCACUUCCUGAGACAACUACCUUCAAGGAGAAAGUUGGUUUUGGAUAUCCUAUAAAGUCACUUCCUCCUUCACCUCCCCUUGAACAUAUGAAAAUAUCCUUCCAACCUGUCAGUGGACUAGAGACCUCCAAACUAAAACUGAAAUUUCCUGAUGGUAGUAAUCGUCAUGAAAGCAUAAAGGAAAUGUUUCCUUCUUUUCAGUUGGUCCCUGAACCUUCCGUUCCAGGGGAUGAUUCAGUUUCUCACUCUGAUGAUGAUGACACAUUCUGCAGAUCAUCUCCAUACAUAUCAGAUGAUUGUCGAAGCCCUCGCUCUGACUAUAAUUCAGAUCAGUGGGAAUCUGAUGAAAGUCCUGAAAGCAGUGACCAAGGAGUACAUGAUUCUCCAGACAGAAGGUCCUCAACUGAAUCUGUGUCCAAUGAAGAGAACAUUGUAAAAGGUGGAAACAGUACAUGUACGACAAAUGGUGUGGAACAUUCUUUAUCCGGGCCAUUACUUGAUUUUCCAAGUUAUGAUAAUGUUAAUCCUGCACUUGAGAAAGAAAGUAAAAAGCAUUCCAAAUGCACUAAUGCUGUUAUGUCACACAGUCAUGCAGAGGCUACACCACCACCUCCUCCUCCUCUUCCUCCAACUCAAUGGCGGGUCUCAAAACCAGAGUUAUUAGAUAUGACAAAUGGGACACAGCAUUGUAUGUCUGAGGAUGCUGAACAUAUUAAUGAUCUCAGUCUUCCAGAUUCUACUAUCUUCCAGCAACCAAGCCUGACCCAGGUUGAGCAAAUACAAAUUAAUCACGAUGGUCACGUAUCUUAUGACAACAUUAUAUAUAAGCUGAAGGACAAGAGUUUCCUGCAGCUGGAUCAGCAGAAGUUGAAGGGUCAGAAGGAAGCAAACCAGUUGAGAAUGGAAAAGGAGACAGAUGAAAGAGAAGAUUUCCUAUAUCAAAUCAGAACAAAAGCCUUCAACCUUAGGCCCACAAUAACAGGAAAGUCAAAUGAUGCCACUGGUCCCACUGCAAACGUUAAAGUUACAGCAAUUUUGGAGAAGGCUAAUGCAAUCCGUCAGGUUGUUGCGAGUGAUGAUGGUGAAGAUGAUGAUAACUGGAGUGAUACAUGACAUUUUUAGUUACUUUUUUGUUUCAUACACGAGCAGUUCUUUUAUGUUUCUUAGCCUCUUGAAGUGAAGUUGCAUGAGGCUUUGUUGUAUGUACGCAUGUGUGAAUAAAUCUUGUUUAUCUGUUAUUAAGUGUAGUUCAGUUUCAUUCAUUAUCAUAUGAAUUUGUCUUCAUUAGUUUUUGCUUUGAAUAUUUGGGCUGGGUAAUUGGGCUGACCCAAUGUAUUGUGAGAUUGCAAAUCCAGGCGACUGUUUGUACAAAGUUCCUGAAGAAAAAAGAAAAAAGAAAAAAUAAUUCCGAGCACUUGAUUUUAUUUCAAA